AUGGAGGCUACCAUGGCUGUAACACAGACCAGAGUAGAAAUAGGUGUCGUGUGGAUGUACUGGUAUCGAUAUCGUUCUUGGCGCUUUUGGACCCAGAUUGUCCUGUUCCUUUGCGCUGUCGCCGGUAUAAUCCUAUUCCUACCACGGCUAUCACCAGCAGCAAUUCAUUAUAUGCGUGUUGUUGACAUGCCACAUUUCGCUCAGAAUCAAAUUCAAGGAUUUGGGGAACCUUUGCGGCGAAUCCAACACAACCGUACAUACUAUCCGCCAAGAAAAAAUAUGGAACCAUGUCGUCCUUUGCUUGGCAAAGUCUCAAUAUUUGUGGCGUACGUGAAAAGUUCAAUGGAAAACCACUAUCGUGUCGCUCAACAAUCACUUGAGUGCUAUCUGAAAGGAGUGAAUUACACGGUUAUGAUGAUAGAUUUAAACGAAGAUGCUCGAGUUAAAGAAAAAUGCUCCAAAAAUCAGCAGCUAUUCUUCAAAAAGCAUUGUGCCGCCUCUGCCUACUUGCCCGAUACAGAUUGGAUGUUGGUCCUGGAUGCAGAUACAGGUGUUGUAAACCCGAAUCAUUGUGUUGAAGAAUGGAUUGAUGAUCGAGUCGAUUUGAUUUUUUAUGAACGAUUUUUCAACUGGGAGAUUGCAAGCGGAAACUACUUGGUGAGAAACACCGAGUUUGGAAUAAAUUUCCUGAAAACAUGGGGAGAUUGGGAAUUCACUCAACCUCAGAACUGGAACGGUGCGGAUAACGGCGUCCUACAGCUUCUCAUCCUGAAAACAGUGAUCCCAGACGCGUCGCAAGAAACGACAAAUUGCGAUAGAAUCUGGCAUAAUGCGACCGGAUACGAGACGUACAUGGCUUACGUAUCUUGCGUGAAGCAAGCUUUGGGAGCAACAAGACUAUGGCCAGGGAAGCUGAGAAUUUACCGACGAGCACACGGUUGGGUCCGGGAUGGAUUCAUAACGACAGAUAAAUGGUGUGAUGCCGACUUCAUGCUUCAUGGAUGGAAACUUCAAAAUGUGGGGGAGCAGGGAUGGGAGAGUCCAUUCAAACAAAAUCUUGAUCCCAACAAAUGUGGUGAAGGAGUGUCCGGUUGGGAAUGGAUCCCAACGAAACACGUCAAUAAUUCUGUCAUCAAGCGAGAACUGGCUAAUUUUGAGAAAUAUUCUGGCAACACGUAUCCGCCCGAAGCGAAAUUCUUGACUUACAUCGUCAUGCCCGAUGUUGGCGAAUGUUAUCCGAAUUGUGAUAAGGACACCUAG